AUGAACCGAUACAUUUGUAGCAGUGGUAGCAAUGGUAACAAUGGUAGCAAUAGUAGCAAUGGUAGCAAUGGUAGCAGUGGUAGCAGUAGUAGCAAUGGUAGCAGUGGUAGCAAUGGUAGCAAUGGUAGCAGUGGUAGCAGUGGUAGCAGUAGUAGCAGUGGUAGCAAUGGUAGCAGUAGUAGCAGUGGUAGCAAUGGUAGCAGUGGUAGCAGUGGUAGCAAUGGUAGCAAUGGUAGCAGUAGUAGCAGUGGUAGCAGUGGUAGCAAUGGUAGCAGUAGUAGCAAUGGUAGCAGUGGUAGCAGUAGUAGCAAUGGUAGCAGUGGUAGCAGUGGUAGCAAUGGUAGCAAUGGUAGCAAUAGUAGCAAUGGUAGCAGUGGUAGCAGUGGUAGCAGUAGUAGCAAUGGUAGCAGUGGUAGCAGUGGUAGCAGUAGUAGCAAUGGUAGCAGUGGUAGCAAUGGUAGCAGUAGUAGCAAUGGUAGCAGUGGUAGCAAUGGUAGCAGUAGUAGCAGUAGUAGCAGUAGUAGCAAUGGUAGCAAUAGAGAGUUUUAGCAAGGAGUACGAGUACGACUACGAGUACGAAAUUCGUCAUUUUUGCGCGAAACGCUGGUUGUGCGCUCACGCCAUCUCGUACUGACGCGAGAAACUCGUAGCCGGCGCCAAUCUGAGUACGAAAUUUUUUGCAAAACUCGUUGUCUUGAGUACGAAGUUUUCAGAAGUAAGGUAAGUUGAUAUUUUCUUUCAUCUUUGCUCCGAUGCCUUUCCGGUGUAUAGUUUUUGAGCGGAAGUGUACACUAAACCGGAAAUAUUCUGGGUAUCCGUGGGACGGGAGUUGCGAGCACAACAAUUUGCAUAAACAACCCUAUGAAACAACAAAACAUGGCAAAAUUUGAGCUUCAAAAUAUAAGUAUUUCUCUGGAAAUAGCUCUAUAUUUCUCUUCUCGACAAAGGCUUUGUAUCCUUUAACAAUCACAAAAUAUUUAAGCUCAAGUGACAGAAAUUCAAGUGAAUGAGAUGUGACCAUAUAGCAUUUUUUUAAAUGUUCAACUGACGAAACUUUACACAAAUAAGUUUCUGUAUUUUCUCGUGACCUGCUAUAUAGAAAAUAUUAGUCAGCAUAGACUUGUCACUUUUAUAUUAUAUAUUAUUUAUAUUUACUAGUCACACUUUAAAAGUACACACAUGUACUCGAGUAGGUUUAAUAAUGUAUGUAUGUAUAUGUAUAUAUGUGUGAUUUUAUUUGUUUCAGAUGGCAAAUGCUCCUGCUAAGCGUGAGGUUUUUACAUGGAAGGCAAUACAUGAGGAACUUCUCCUUCAAGAAGUUCUGCUACUGGAGCCAUUUCAGUAUCGACAAGGGUCGAAAGAGAGAGGGGCCACUUGGACUAAAAUAGCAGAAAAUUUGUCGGAAAUGGGGAUGAAGGCUAGUCAGAGGUCAGUGAGGGAGAAGUUUGAGAAGAUAUUGAAAGAUUUUAAACAAAAAGAAGCAAUGGAGGAACGUGCAAGUGGAAUUGAUGUGGAUUACACAGAGAGGGAUAGAGCAAUGGUUGAUAUAUUGGAGAGGAUGAGUGAAUGUGAGAUGACAUUGGAAAGUAACAAAGAAAAAGAAAAUAAGGAGAAGGGAACAGCAGAAGAAAUGAGAAAGAAAGCAAUGGAGAGUUUUGGAGAGACAAGAAGACGGCAUAGUGAAGAGAAUGAGGAGUUGGUUACACCGGAGAGAAAGAGGAGACGGAACAGUGAUGUGAUGGAGGUACUGAAGGGAUCACUUGAGAUGAAGAAAAAAGAACAAGAACAGGCACGAGAAUUACGAGAAAGAGAACUGAACCUCAUGGAUAAUCAGUUAAGGCGACAGGAAGAAUUUACAAGAUCAAUGAUGGAGCAGCAACAACAGUUUCAACAACAACAGCAGGCU